UUGACUUUGCUUUGUACGCGAAAUUAAUUUCUAUCGUUGAGCAUUUUAGUGAAAACCCAACUCAGUGUUAUUUAUCAGUGAAAAUGGAGCCACACGAUAGUGUAACAACGUACGGAAACGUCACCCUGGACGACUUUUGUCGCCUUUGCCUGCAGCAGUGUGGAGCCCGAUGCAUGCGUCCCUUGCGGGGUCGCUCGGUCAAUUUCGGCACCGACAAGGUAUCUAUCCCGGAUAUGCUGGUAUAUGUUUGCGGUAUGCCAUCCAAUUUGACCGAUGAACUUCCGCAACGCGUUUGCAAGACGUGCAUAACUAGGCUGGAGUCAGCUUACCUCAUCUGUCGCGACUUCAAGGAGAAGGAAACAAUUUUGGAUCGAUUCUAUAUGAACGGAUUCGUCCUGCAGAGGUUGGUUCAGUAUGAAAAAUUCCGGUUCGAUUCUGACGAGCACGAAAACGAAGCUACUAUGGAAAAGUCAACCGAAAUGGAAACCAACGAAAAUGACACAAUGCAGAUAAGGGACGUCUUUUCAAUGAACGUAUCUCAGUCUGGGAUGGAGGAAGAGGAGUUUUCAAACAACCAGAUGGUCCAGCCAACGGUCGAGAAAUCUACAGAUGACUGUUCUGAUGACCAAUCUAAACAAAGCAUUAUCGAAAUCUUUCCUCAGAGUUCAAUUGUGUCAUUAGAUACGGACUAUGAUUCUGAUGAUUCCGGUGGGGUUAGUACUGAAUCCCCACAAAGCUACAAGAAAGCUAAACCAACUACACGAAAGUGUGUAAAGCGCACCGUAGCAACCUCGAUAAUACCGUUACAUCCGGAACCAGAUGGGCUCUUCCAUUGUGUCCAUUGUCCUCGACGAUUCUCCCAGCGGAAACAUUACAUGGAACAUCUGAGUGGACAUCGCGCUUUGAUGGAGGAACGCUACAAAUGCCCUAACCCCAAGUGCGGAAAAUGUUUUAGGAAGAAAGAUCAACUUAAUCGACAUACAGCGAACUGCCGGCGCAGAACAGAAGAUGCCGCAUAAAACGAUGAAAUGAUGCUGAAAGUACCUAGAUUAGGUGAUGUUUAGUAUGUAAGUAUCGUUGGUUUGAUGUAUACGUAAGCCUACGUUUGCUGAUGAGUGUUAAAAAAAAAAGAUCCAUGAUCUUUGUACAAGCAAGUAUUUAAAACGCAUCUAUUAACAACUUGCCAAUCGCCUAAAUCGCAUCAUAAACAUAAAAUUUGCCAGAUGAUCUCUACCAGUAAAUAUAAGUUAAGGAAAUUAUUCAACCAUUUCUGACAUGAAUCAGUACAAAUAAAAUUGGAAUGGGUUGUAAGCGUCCAAUGCUGGGGGAUGACGUGCUGUCAAAUCAGCCUACUGAUCAUUCUUGUAUGAAAUUGGUUCCAAACUAUACAAACCACGUAGGUUUCUUAUGGCUUGUUUACAUUUAGACCCAGAGGUAAGCGACGAGUGUUCGUAUUUGACAGCCACAUCCCACUCUGGUCCAAUGUUCAUUUUUGCAGUGUUUAGGUAUACUUUAAUCAUUUCCUUCGGUAGCUCAUACGAACAAUUCAAUACACGAUUGAAAUAAUACUAGUACCAAAGCAGUUCCGCUAAUCGGUUUUAGCAGAAGGUAAAGAAAACAAAUAGUGGCCAUUUAACAAAACUUUUUCAACCAUUAUUUUGAAUUCACUAUGAUUUGAAGACUGUACAUACAUAAUGGUUGUUGAUUUGCCAUUCAUAAGACGGGUUUUUUUUUUGUGUAGCGUGUAAAUUGUCUUAGAAGCAUUU